CACCAUGCUGCGCAAACUUCCCCAACUGACCCUCCUGUUGGCGCUGGGCAUCGUCGGUGCCUCCUGUUUCACUGUCCAGUCUCUGGCCGGCUGCUGGACUAAUGAACUGGGGUCGACGGCGGACAUCGUGAUGGACGAGGACGGGACCCUGCGAGGCACCUACAAAUCCGCAGUGUCCCGCACUGGGUCGCAGGUUGAGGGGGUUCUAAUCGGAUUCCAGGUCAAUGUCGCGCAGCCGACCUUCGGGUUUGUGGUGAAGUGGACCACAGAUUCGGUCCUGGGAGCUGUCUCCGUGUGGACCGGGGAGAUAUUUGGAGACCAAAUGAAGACCGUAUGGUUAGAGCGAUCGCCUACCACCCUCAAGAACAACUGGGCGGCGACCCUGACGGGGUCGGACAUAUUCACUCGUUGUAAGUAGAAGUGUGGAUCCGCGGACGGAGACGGCAGUGAGCGGGAAUGUGACCCCGGGGAGGAAGGCUCGUAGGGGAGAUGGGUCGCCGAAUGCGAUGGGCACGGCCUCUGCUGAAUACCCGCUGCUUCUCACUUUCU